AUGGAGCCCUCUUCCACCAAUUCGUCAGAGCACACCCACGUCGACGAGCAUGAGAUGCAGCAAAUACCACCCACAUACCCGACACCUUCCGUACAACCCGAACAAGCAACAGGCAAGACAAGAGUACGAUUCAACAGCUCUGCCAAUGUUGAAGUCCCUCCGCCGCCGCUCGAACAAAUCCGUAGCUAUAGCCGCGUUAGCGAGUCCGGUUCCAACGAGAUCACUACCAACCAGCACACCGUCGAUGCGGAAGAACUUCUCAACGCGCACAACGCUGGUGAGCUCAACGCACAAAACUUCAAUGCUCUGCCAUUGAGUGAGGUGGACCCUGAUGGCGCAUACACCGUUACAGGUAACGCCAACGGAGGCGUCUUUUACCAACUCCUCCAAGCCUACAAGACACCUGUGCGUGGCUACACAGACACAUCAUCAGAAGUCAGCGAGACGUCACCUUCACAAAGGCCCGGAUCUUCUUCAGGCGCCUGCACCCCAAAGCGGAAAUGGUACAACGCGAACAAGCCCAUACAGUCCACAGAAACACUGGCCACUCUUAUCGGCGCUUCAGCCAAGCUGGCGAACCCUAAGGACGAAAAGAAGGAUGUCCCCCUACGCCCACGCAACCACAGGCGAACUAGCAGUAACAACAUCAUCGCCAAAGUCUGGAAGGCAAAGGAAGAUCAGGAUGCCAAGAUUAAGAUCCACGUAGCCAACAUUCUCAAACGACAACAGUACAUCAUCCGCAUGUGCCGCGCCCUCAUGCUCUUUGGAGCGCCUACACAUCGUCUCGAAGAGUACCUCGCGACUACCGCCAAGGUCCUUGAGAUCAACAGCCAAUUCCUCUACAUCCCCGGCUGCAUGAUCAUCUCCUUUGACGACAACCUCACUCACACGGCUGAAGUCAAGAUUGUUCGUACCGCCCAGGGAGUUAACCUUGGCAAGCUCAAGGACACCCACGACAUCUACAAGGAGGUUUUGCACGAUGUUAUCAGCUUAGAUGAAGCUCUCGCUCGUUUGGACGAGGUCAUCAAUGCCAAGGACCGUCACCCGCGGUGGCUGACUGUACUGAUGUAUGGUUUGGCGAGCGCCGCAGUUUCUUGUUUCUUCAAGGCCCGCCCCAUCGACAUGCCUGUCAUAUUCGUCCUUGGAAUCGUCCUAGGCUUGCUUCAGCUUGUCAUCGCCCCUCUAUCCAAGACAUACAGCACCGUUUUCGAGAUCACCGCGACGAUCCUCAUGAGCUUCCUUGCACGCGCGUUUGGUAGCAUUAACAACGGGAACUUAUUUUGUUUCUCGGCUAUUGCACAGAGCGCCAUCGCCCUGAUCCUUCCCGGGUGGUUGGUGCUUAGCUCAGCCCUCGAGCUUCAGUCUCGCGCUAUCGUACCAGGUUCCAUCCGACUUGUCUUCGCCAUCAUCUACUCGCUCUUUCUUGGAUACGGCAUCACUGUUGGUACCGCUAUAUAUGGCGCCAUCGACUCUAACGCUACCAACUCGACUCAGUGCCAAAGCCCGAUGAACCCCUACUGGAACUUUCUCAUGGUCCCGCUCUACGUCUUUUUCACGACGUUUACCGUGCAGGCCAAGUACAAGCAGAUGCCAGCUAUGAUUGUCAUCGCCUUUGCUGGCUACAUCGUCAACUUCUACGCCGGAAUGAAGUUCUCGUCGUCAGCGCCUAUCGCCUACACCUUCGGCGCCUUCACCAUCGGUGUUCUGGCAAACCUUUACAGCCGGUUGCGUCACGGAGUUGCAGCCGCCGUCCUCCUGCCUGCAGUAUACGUCCAAGUUCCAGGCUCUCUUGCAUCGAGUGGAAGCAUCAACUCUGCUCUUCAAACAGCAUCUGCCCUAAUUAAAGGGUCAGGGGGAGCGGCCGACACCACAACCGACAGCUUGAACGCAAUCGUCUUCAACGUCGCUGCGUCCAUGAUCCAGAUUGCUAUCGGCAUCACUGUUGGUCUGUUCAUGGCUGCCCUUCUUGUUUACCCCAUGGGCAAGCGACGCAGCGGUCUGUGGACACUAUAA